AUGACUUCCGUGGUAUCCUCCUCGUCCAUAAACAGCGCCUUCAUAUCGACCACAGAUCAUCUUCCUUGUGAUAUUAUAAGGUCAAUAUGGGUGGUUCAAUCCUUGAAUAUAAACAUACACAAGGCUCGAAAUAGACUAAAUCAGCUACUCCUCGGACUUCAGAACCAGUCAAUUUCGUCUUCAAACAAAGAUGAAGUCGCCCAAGAAAUAGUACAAAUCAAGAAAGAAGUCCUACAGUACCAUCAUGAGGCUAUACUGGAGUCACAGGCACUCAAAAAUCAACUCAUAACUCAUAAACUUGGUCUAAAUGAAGAAGUAGAACAGCUCGAACAAAUCAUAGAACACAACAGAAAUUCCCAAGACCACAGUAACAAGAGCAUCUCACAGCAGGAGUUGCGAAAGCAGCUCGAGGCACAUUACAAGGAGAAUCCACUAGUGUCGCAAAGAGAGGCCAUCGAAGAGCAGGGCUUGUUGCGUAGUCAACAGAGCCAAGAGGUCAAGGCAGGCGGCCACCGCAAGAAAGCAAGAAAUACUGGUUUGAAGCUAGUCUUCAAAGUGCCCCAGGCAAAAGUGGUUCCGAAUGGCAAGAUUUCUAAGCUUAAAUCUAAGCAGAAACCUGCUCGAAAGAUAAAGCAGCCGGUGCCUGUAAAAGAGGAAGUGCAAGAGGAACAGGAGGAUACUAAUGCAUACUGCUUUUGCAAGCAGGGCUCUUUCGGCGAUAUGAUCGCGUGUGACAACGAGGACUCGUGCCCCAAUGGAGAGUGGUUCCAUUAUAAAUGUGUGGGAUUGCUUAACAGAGUCGAGGCUUUGAAGUUCACUACAGGAAAACAAAAGUGGUUUUGUUCUGAACACUGCCGCAACGUAGUGGAGGCUACUCUCGCAAAGAAGAAAAAGAAAAGAGGAAGA